CGAAUGCAUUGGAUAUACGGCACAAGUGUUGCCAUCGUUUGCGUUGACUCUCACUUCAGCCAAACAGUGACCAAAAGAGCGCACUUUUGGCACAACUUGUUGUCACACAAUCAUCGCAUUUGUCACUCAUUUGAUCCCAAUUAUGGCAAAGGCACAUAUCGUGAAUAUAGUAGUGUUGGACAAUCCGUCGGCAUUUUUCAAUCCCUUUCAGUUUGAGAUCACAUUUGAAUGCAUUGAAGACUUAAAGGAAGACUUGGAGUGGAAGAUAAUAUAUGUGGGAUCAGCUGAGAGCGAAGAACACGACCAAACACUAGACACGGUAUUUGUAGGACCGGUGCCGGAGGGCCGGCAUAUGUUUGUAUUUCAAGCGGAUCCGCCCGAUCCCGCAAAGAUACCGGUGGCCGACGCCGUGGGCGUGACUGUCGUACUCCUCACGUGCUCUUAUAGGGGCAAAGAGUUCAUUAGAGUUGGAUAUUAUGUCAACAAUGAAUACAGCGAUCCGGAGCUCAAAGAGAAUCCGCCGACGGCUCCGCUGUUUGACAAAUUGCAGCGCAAUGUGUUGGCCACCAGUCCUCGUGUGACCAGAUUUAAGAUCGAUUGGGGCGACAAUCCCUGCGAUAACUCGGAACCAAUUGAAGCCAAUAGCGAACCAAUGGUUACCGAAACGAAUGGCAGUCAUAAUACCAGUGGAAAUGCUGUUAAUUCAGACUCGAGUCAACACGUUUCCGAAGACAGUGCCGGUCCUCUCAAACCAGUGCUCUGUCACGACAGUAAUCACAGCCAGAGUAUGGAAGUGGCCUAACCCUCAUCCUUAAGCCCUAACCUCCCAUACGUUUCCCUUCUCUUGUUAAUCAUAUUCAUUGGGAAUGACUGUCUGUUUUGUUCUUCACUUUUAUAUUUAUUUGUUUCUAUUAAUAAUGAUAAUUAGUCUUUACUUUCAAUUAAUAUCAGUC